AUGAACUGGCUCAAGUCAACUCUCUCUGCUGCGGUGGGCACGCAGGAACCUAUCUACGGCCCCGAGGCGAUCCGUUCGGUUGCCCAGCAAACCGCGGAGACUCCCUACACUGUUCUUACCAGAGAUCACCUGCGAUGGAAGGCAUACCAAUACACCAAUGUCGAGACCCAGACCUUUUACUUCAUGGCCGACAACGGCACUAUGGUGAUGUGCCAGGUCAUCUACAGCAACAUUGCAGGCAUCCACACCACUGCGCACUUCAACACCAAGAUCUUUGACCUCAGCGGCGCCGGCAACCACAUCUGGCACUCGGACGCCUUGUCGAACUUCAUGUUCGAUGAGCAGAUGGUUAGCUUCGGCGCCGAUAACCUGACCAUCACCCUGAACGAGGAGGGUGACUCGUACACCAUCAAGUCGACUGUCAACCCCGACAGUCUUGUUGACCUGAAGAUCACCCGGAAGGCACCGGGUUUCACCAUCGGAAAGGAUGGCACCUCCUACUUUGGAACUGAUCCUAAGAACCCCUGGGGCUCGGUAACCCACUCCUUCUGGGCGCGCUGCGCCGUCGAGGGUACCAUCACCACCAAGGAGAAGACCUACGACCUCGCUGGUCGUGGUGUCUUUAUCCCCGCCAUGCAGGGAAUGAAGCCCCACCACGCCGCUUCCCGCUGGAACUUUGUUAACUUCCAGAGCCCCACCUACUCCGCCAUCAUCAUGGAGUUCACCACUCCCCCCUCCUACGGCUCCACCAAGGUCAAUGUCGGUGCCAUUCUCAAGGAUGACGAGAUUAUCUAUGCCGGUACUCUUAACACAGUAACACACACUGCCUCGACAACAGACCCCACCAGCGAUUGGCCCGAACCCACCGCUGUCAAGUGGGAGUGGACUGGCAAGACUGCCGAUGGUCAGGAUGUAUCAGGCGAGAUCGAGGGCUCCCUCGGCAAGCGCUUGGAUCGCGUUGAUGUGAUGGGUGAGGUGCCCGGCUUCAUCAAGACUAUUGCCGGCAGUGUUGCUGGUACCAGGCCUUACAUCUUCCAGUUCGUUCCUUCCGAGAAGCUGUCAUUGAAGCUUAAGGUGGGUGAGACUGAGACCACUGAGGAGGGCUACACCUUCACAGAGUCCACUUUCAUCUCCUAA